GAGCACACGCCGGCUGGAGGGGACGGCGAGCGGGCGGGAGGCGGCAGGCAGCGCCGCGCCGCGCUGAGCCUGAGCGAAGGAGGGACGCGCCGGGCACGGCCGCCGCCAGCCCUCCCCAAUCCUCCGUCAUCCUCCCCGCCGCGGCCGCCUGGGCCCCUGACAGCCGGCGGAGCAGCAGCCCCACACGGCCCCCUUCCCGCCAGGCACAACUAAACCAUGGAGCUUAGAGUGGGGAACAAAUACCGGCUGGGCAGAAAGAUUGGCAGUGGUUCAUUUGGAGACAUUUACUUAGGAGCCAACAUUGCGACUGGUGAAGAGGUGGCUAUCAAACUGGAAUGUGUCAAAACCAAGCAUCCCCAGCUCCACAUUGAAAGCAAGUUCUACAAGAUGAUGCAAGGAGGAGUGGGUAUCCCCUCCAUUAAGUGGUGUGGAGCAGAGGGGGACUAUAACGUGAUGGUGAUGGAGCUCUUGGGGCCGAGCUUGGAAGAUCUCUUCAACUUCUGUUCCCGCAAAUUUAGUCUCAAGACAGUUCUGCUCCUGGCAGACCAGAUGAUUAGCCGUAUUGAGUACAUUCAUUCCAAGAACUUCAUCCACCGGGAUGUGAAGCCAGACAACUUCCUUAUGGGGCUUGGUAAAAAAGGCAACCUAGUAUACAUCAUUGAUUUUGGUUUGGCCAAGAAGUACCGAGAUGCCCGGACCCACCAGCACAUACCUUACCGGGAAAACAAGAAUCUGACUGGCACAGCUCGUUAUGCUUCUAUCAACACCCACCUGGGAAUCGAACAGAGUCGACGUGAUGACCUGGAGAGCCUGGGCUAUGUGCUCAUGUAUUUCAACCUGGGCUCACUGCCCUGGCAGGGCCUCAAGGCUGCCACCAAGCGCCAAAAGUACGAGAGGAUCAGCGAGAAAAAGAUGUCAACGCCCAUUGAGGUGCUCUGCAAAGGGUACCCUUCUGAGUUCUCGACAUACCUCAACUUCUGCCGCUCACUGAGGUUUGAUGACAAACCUGACUACUCGUAUUUGCGACAGCUCUUCCGCAACCUCUUCCACCGUCAGGGCUUCUCCUACGACUACGUCUUUGACUGGAACAUGCUUAAAUUUGGAGCAGCCCGAAAUCCUGAGGAUAUGGAUCGGGAACGGCGAGAGCAUGAGCGAGAGGAAAGGAUGGGACAGCUCCGGGGCUCAGCCACGCGAGCACUGCCCCCUGGCCCACCUGCUGGAGCCACUGGCAACCGUCUUCGCAAUGUCGCUGAGCCCAUGGCCUCCACCCCCACCUCCCGAAUCCAGCAGUCCGGAAACACGUCCCCUAGAGCAAUCUCGAGAGUGGACAGGGAGCGGAAGGUCAGCAUGAGGUUACAUCGAGGAGCUCCUGCCAAUGUCUCCUCAUCCGACCUCACAGGGAGGCAAGAAGUGUCACGGAUUUCAGCAUCACAGACAAGUGUGCCAUUUGAUCACCUUGGGAAGUGAGGAGCAAUUGCCACUGGACCAGUGUUUGCUUAGUGUCUUCACUGUAUUUUUCUUUCAAAAAACAAAAAACCCCAAAAAAACAAACAACCUGAAAAAAAAAAAAACAAACCCAAAACCCAACAAAAUCACACACAAACACACACAUGGAAAAACAAACCAACCCAACAAACAACAAGAGAUUUUCUUUUUGCCAAUGAGGAGUCGAGUUGUGCCCCGUGAUGGUGCGAACCAUUUCCGAGAGGGUCGCCUGCGUUCCCCCAGUGUGAGCACCUCCAAGGAGCCGACGACGCGGGAGCCGUGCAGAAACACCAGUGUGCAGCUGCCCCCAGCCCACCUGGGCCCUUUUGCUGCCUGCCCGUACCCUCUCCUGCUUUUAGUUUCUUCUUUCUCCCCUCCCCUUUGGGUAUCUUCUGCUUUGUUAUUUUUAUUUUAUUAUUAUUUUCAGAUCAUAUGGUUUCUAGCCAUAUACAUUGUAACUUUGCUCUCCUUUUUCUCUGAGGGCAGGGGAUCGGGGAUAGGGGGGGGAUUUGCUUCUCUGUUCCGUCUUUUUCAGGAGACUUGUGGGCCGGGAAGGAAUCGGAUUCCAGCCACACUCAAUGAUAGAAGUCUGAUUUUUAUUGUGAUAACAGAAUUUAUUUUCUCAAGCAUUAAACAAAUUGUAAGCUGUGAGGGGAAUGGUGGCAAUGGCCUCAUCGCUGACUCGGGCUUCCUUUCCUUGGUGGCUUCUCUGCGUCUUGGUUCCAAGUGGGCUCUCCAUGCCAAGACAUCCAGAGCUGAAGUACAGGGAGAUGAGAACCCACUUCCCAUCCCUGCAGCGGGGUCUCUUUUAGUCUGGCUGUGCGUGUUUUUUUUUUUUCCUAUUAUUAUUAUUAUUAUGUUUUUUUUUUUUAAUUUGUAAUUAAUAAACCUGUUUAAUUCCUCAGA